CUCAAGACAGUCUUACCUACUCCGCGAUGCCGUCCUGACCUAGUGUUAGCGACUGUGUGCGAAGCCUGGGGUGGAUAGGGCAGUUGAGUACUUGAUGUCAUUGAAUACUAACUAGUCUUCUCCUCCUCUUGCCCUGAGGAUGGAAUCCUGGACUACUCACUCACCUCCUUGUGACAGCUGUCUGCUGCUGGAUGACAUUCCAGUUCUGUGUGACUUAAGCAUAUAAUUGUUGAGCUCGGCUCAAAGCAUUAGAGAUAACAAAAUGAAUCAAACGGAGGAAGAUCUCUCCUUUUAGAGCUUAAAUUUUAGUGAUGAGGCUCAAUGUGCUGUCAAGGUCCAUCUAUGCUGUGGUGUUUCGCGGAGCUGAAUUCCCAUUUUAAGGAUAUUGUCAGAAUUUGCAACUUGGGUAUUUCAAAGAUGAACUAAAAUACAAUGGAAGCCACUUCACUGCAGAGGAAAUUUCCUGAAUGGAUGUCCGCACUGAAAGCAAGAUGUGCUGCAGAAGAAAAGAAGGCUUGUAUUCAGAAGAGUGUUCUGGAAGAUGGUCUCCCAUUCUUAGAAUUCACUGGAUCCAUUGUUUACAGUUAUGAAGCCAGUGAUUGCUCUUUUCUGUCUGAAGAUAUCAGCAUGCGUCUCUCUGAUGGAGAUGUGAUCGGAUUUGACAUGGAAUGGCCACCCGUAUACAAACAAGGGAAACGAAGCAGAGUUGCCGUGAUCCAGCUGUGUGUGUCAGACAGCAAAUGUUACUUGUUUCACAUUUCUUCUAUGUCAGUUUUCCCCCAGGGAUUAAAAAUGUUACUAGAAAAUAAAUCAAUUAAGAAAGCAGGUGUUGGAAUUGAAGGAGACCAGUGGAAACUUCUGCGUGAUUUUGACAUCAAAUUGGAGAGCUUUGUGGAGUUGACAGAUAUUGCCAAUGAAAAGCUGAAAUGUGUGGAAGUUUGGAGCCUCAACGGUCUGGUUAAACACAUCUUAGGAAAACAGCUUUUGAAGGACAAGUCCAUCCGCUGUAGCAAUUGGAGUAAUUUCCCCCUCACUGAUGACCAGAAACUGUAUGCAGCUACUGAUGCUUAUGCUGGUCUUAUCAUCUAUCAAAAAUUAGUAAAUUUGGGUGAUACUGUCCAAGUGUUUGCUCUAAAUAAAGCAGAGGAAAGCCUACCUAGUGAGAUGAAGAAACAGUUGAACUCAAUCUCAGAAGAAAUGAAAGACCUAGCCAAGCAUUUUCCUGCCACUUGCAGAAACUUGGAGACUCUACAGAGGGUUCCUAUAAUAUUGAAGAAUAUUUCAGAAAAUCUAUGUUCAUUGAGAAAGGUGAUAUUUGGUUCUACAAACACUGAGACUAAACAGGAGCAGGGGAGUAGUUUUAACUUAAUGUCGCCAGAGGAUUCAGCUGCUGUUGGAGACCAAGAGAAACAAAUUGGAGACCAUGGGGAUUUUCCUAAAAUUAAAGAAGAGGAAUGGGACCCAGAAUUUGACAAUUUAGUGGUACACAAUGAAGUCGAUGUCUUUAGAGAUAAAGUGAAAGAAGAGGAAGGUGGAUUUGAAGACGAAGUAGAAGACAAUCUGUUGAGAGAAGAGAUGGAAAGAACUUGUUUGAUGUCAGAUAUUUCAGAUUAUGAACUCCAAAUUUUGAAACAGCAGACUGAAGAAAAAAAAUGUAAUGAUGUUUCUCACCAAGCUUCUGAGCAUUUAUCUCCCACUGAUGAUGAAAAGGAUUCCUCUUAUAUAAUUGAAAGUGAUGAAGAUUUAGAAAUGGAGAUGCUGAAGUCGUUAGAAAACCUAAAUAGUGACAUGGUGGAACCAACUCAUUCUAAAUGGUUAGAAAUGGGAAGCAAUCCGAGUCUUCCUCCGGAGGAGGACGAUGGAGAUGGGAAUGAAGCCAUUGAAGGAGAACAAGAAGAUGAGGACCAUUUAUUGCCAGAGCCCAAUGCAAAGCAAAUUAGUUGCCUCAAGACCUACUUCGGCCAUUGCAGUUUUAAACCGGUUCAGUGGAAAGUCAUUCAUUCUGUAUUAGAAGAAAGAAGAGAUAAUGUUGUUGUCAUGGCAACUGGAUAUGGGAAGAGUUUGUGCUUCCAGUACCCACCUGUUUAUGCAGGCAAGAUUGGCAUUGUGAUUUCACCUCUCAUUUCUUUAAUGGAAGACCAAGUUCUCCAGCUUGAAAUGUCCAACAUUCCAGCCUGUUUACUUGGAUCAGCACAAUCAAAAAAUAUUCUAGGAGAUAUUAAAUUAGGCAAAUACAGAAUCAUAUACAUAACUCCGGAAUUCUGUUCUGGUAACCUGGACCUACUCCAGCAACUUGAGUCUAACAUUGGUAUCACACUUAUUGCUGUGGAUGAGGCUCACUGUAUUUCUGAGUGGGGCCAUGAUUUUAGAAGUUCAUUCAGAACACUGGGCUCUCUUAAGAUAGCACUCCCAUUGGUUCCAGUCAUUGCCCUCUCUGCUACUGCAAGUUCUUCGAUCCGGGAAGAUAUUAUACGUUGCUUAAACUUGAAAAACCCUCAGAUCACCUGUACUGGAUUUGAUCGACCAAAUCUGUACUUAGAAGUCAGACAAAAAACAGGGAAUAUCCUUCAAGAUCUAAAGCCCUUUCUUGUCCAAAAGUCAAGUUCUGCCUGGGAAUUUGAAGGCCCUACUAUCAUCUAUUGUCCUUCCAGAAAAAUGACAGAACAAGUUACUGCUGAACUUGGGAAACUGAACUUAGCCUGCAGAGCAUACCACGCAGGCAUGAAAAUUAGUGAACGGAAGGAUGUUCAUCAUUGGUUCCUUAGAGAUGAGAUUCAGUGUGUUGUAGCUACUAUAGCUUUUGGAAUGGGCAUUAAUAAGACUGACAUUCGCAAAGUUAUUCACUAUGGUGCUCCUAAGGAAAUGGAGUCCUAUUACCAGGAGAUUGGUAGAGCUGGCCGCGAUGGACUUCAGAGUUCUUGUCACCUACUCUGGGCUCCAGCAGACUUUAACUUAACUAGGCAUCAUUUUCUUGAGAUACGCAACGAAAAGUUCCGAUUAUAUAAAUUAAAGAUGAUGGUAAAAAUGGAAAAAUAUCUUCAUUCCAAUCGAUGCAGGAGACAAAUUAUCUUGUCCCAUUUUGAGGACAAACAACUACAGAAGGCCUCCUUGGACAUUAUGGGGACUGAAAAAUGCUGUGAUAAUUGUAGGCCCAGAUUGAGUCAUUGCUAUUCCACUAAUGACUCAGAUGACACAUUCCAAGACUUUGGUCCCCAAGCAUUCCAGCUGCUCUCUGCUGUGGACAUCCUACAGGAGAAGUUUGGAAUUGGCAUUCCUAUCUUAUUCCUCCGAGGAUCCAAUUCUCAGCGUCUUGCUGAUAAAUACCGCGGUCACAAGCUUUUUGGCACUGGCAAAGACCGAGCAGAGAGCUGGUGGAAGGCUCUUUCUCACCACCUCAUAGCUGAAGGAUUCUUGAUAGAAGUUCCCAAACAAAACAAAUUUGUAAGGACUUGCUGCCUCACAAAAAAGGGUAGAAAAUGGCUUGGCGAAGCCAGUACACAGUCUCCUCCGAGCCUUAUCCUUCAAGCUAAUGAAGACAUGUGUCCCAGGAAGGUUCUACUGCCAAGUUCUAAUUCCCUAUCUUCAGAAAUGAAGCAACAUUCUUCUGAUGAAAAGUCAAUUGGAUUAACUACUGAGCAGUCUAAUUUGGAGAGAAUGUAUCCAUUCAAAGCAUCUGAGAAAUCUUCUGGGAGUAACAUUCCUAAAAAAAGUGUCGGGAUGCAGUCGCCAGGAACAUCUUGCAGUUCCUCACAACCUGUCAUUUCAGCCCAAGAGCUGGACACCAGGACUGCGUUAUAUGUCAAGUUGGUGGAGGCAAGGCAGAAACAUGCUAAUAAAAUGGAUGUGCCUCCGGCCAUUCUAGCAACAAAUAAGAUUCUACUGGAUAUGGCCAAAAUGAGGCCAACUACUGUUGAAAACGUGAAACAGAUUGAUGGUGUCUCUGAAGGCAAAGCUACCCUCUUGGCCCCUCUGUUGGAAGUCAUCAAACAUUUCUGUCAAGUGAACAGUGUUCAGACAGACCUCUUUCUGAGUACAAAACCACAAGAGGAACAGAAGAAAAGUCAGGAAAUGGAAAAUGGAGAGUGCUCACUCCCACAGUCUGUGGCUGUCACGUAUUCUUUAUUCCAGGAAAAGAAAAUGUCCUUGCACAGUAUCGCUGAGAAUAGACUGCUGCCUCUCACGGCCGUUGGCAUGCACUUAGCCCAGGUGGUGAAAGCUGGCUACCCGUUGGAUAUGGAGCGAGCUGGCCUGACCCCAGAGGUUCAGAAGAUUAUUGCUGAUGUUAUCCGAAACCCUCCCGUCAACUCAGAUAUGUAUAAAGUUAAACUCAUUAGAAUGUUAGUUCCUGAAAACAUCGACACAUACCUUAUCCACAUGGUAAUUGAGACCCUUGAGAGUGGUUACAGCAGAAGCCAGCCUUCUUGCGACCCCAACAGAAAGAGAUGUUUCUCCAGCUCUGAAGAGAGCUGUGAGAGCUUUAAGAAAAGCAAGGACGCAGCCACUGAUAGCAAGAUGUCAUCUGAAGCGUCAAAGAGAAAAUUACCAGAGUGGUUUACCAAAGGAAGUGUGCCCUCAGCUGAGAUGGGCAGCUCAUCAGUGGCCAAGACCAAAAAGAAAGGCCAAGCAGCGUGUCCAAAUAGACUGGCUGCGGAAGAUUAGGACCUCAGCCUCUUCCCGAAACUCACUCACACAAUGAGAACAUUACAGAAGUGAAACAGUGCCAUCCUGGACAAGCUUUCAUGAAAAUGUGUUUUUAAAAGGAGCAGUAUUUUUGUUCAAAUGUAACUGGUUUACUAUGGCUAUUUUUAAAUGAGUCAAUAAAUCUUUGGAAAACCUC